GUUGCUCAAUAUUAAUCCUAACCACAUUAAUUAAAAAAUUUGAAGUACUUGCAACAGCUAGCCUGCAUCUGAAGUUAUUGAUCGAAGUUGAGAGAAAGAUGGCGAGAACAGAUAUCAAUAGCAGAAACAGGAGAUGGUCUCUUGAGGGGAUGACUGCACUUGUCACCGGUGGAACCAAAGGGAUUGGGUAUGCUGUUGUGGAGGAAUUGGCUGGACUAGGGGCAAGCGUACAUACUUGUGCUAGAAAUGAAGUCCUACUCAAUGACUGCUUGAGUCAAUGGAAGUUGAAGGGUUUUCAUCAAGUUACUGGUUCGAUCUGUGAUAUGGUCUUAAAAACCCAACGAGAGGAGCUAAUACACAAGGUCUCAUUGCUGUUUAAUGGGAAACUUAACAUCCUUAUAAACAACGUGGGAACAAAUAUACCAAAACCAACAACCGAGUACACAGCUGAAGAUUACUCAUUUAUAAUGAGUACCAAUCUUGAAUCCACAUACCACUUGUGCCAACUUGCACAUCCUCUUCUCAAAGAUUCAGGAACUGGUAACAUAAUUCUUUUGUCAUCUGUGGCUGGUGUGGUAUCACUUGGGAAGAUUGGGAGUAUAUAUGCUGCCACUAAAGGAGCAAUGAAUCAAUUGGCAAAAAACUUGGCGUGUGAAUGGGCGAAAGAUAAGAUAAGGACCAACAGUGUUGCACCUUGGUUCAUCAGAACUCCCCUCGCUGAACCUUAUUUGAAUGAUGUAAAAACUUUGGAGGCCGUGAACUCUCGAACCCCUUUAGGACGGCCUGGAGAGCCAGAAGAGGUGUCUGCAUUGGUAGCAUUUUUGUGCCUCCCCGCAGCCUCUUACAUAACUGGACAGACUAUUUGCAUCGACGGAGGGAUGACUAUCAAUGGCUUUUCAUUCCAAUGAGCAUCAAUUAAUUGCAAAUAUCACCUACAGAUGCCAGUUACGUAAUUUCUAUGAAUUAUCUGUAGUAUCUCCUUCUGGACUAUAACAAUCAAAAUAAUUGUUAAGAAGUUAGUUAAUUUCGACAAUUUGUUUGGCAUUUGGUAUUUUGAUGAGUUCACUUAAAGAAUUUUAGCUUCA